AUGAAAUUUUGCAACUCUUAAGUGAUAUUUGCAUGAACGAUGAACAUGCAGAUGUGACCUUCGUUGUCGAAAACGAGAAGAUCCCGGCGCACAAGACGAUCUUGUCGCUCCGAAGUUCAUAUUUUCGUUCAUUGUUUGGUGGUGCAUUCGCUGAGUCAGCCCAAGCAGAAGUCGAAUUGGAAGUUCCGGUGAACGCCUUCAAAGCGAUCUUGAAAUACAUGUACACCGGUUGUCUAUCGCUGGCCGCCUUAGAGAGCCAUCAAAUUAUCGAAGUUUAUGAUCUGGCUGAGCAAUAUGACUUCAGUGCAUCGAUGAAGAAGAUCAUUUUGGAUUACUUGACGGCCAAUCUGACAUUGGACAAUUGCGGAUCGAUACUCAAUGCAGCGCAUUUAUAUUCCAUCAAAGAUUUACAAACAGCGUGCAUGAAGUUCAUGGAUAGUCAUUCCAUGGAAUUGCUUGGCUGCGACAGUUUCCUGGCGUUAUCACUCACUUCCUUGUGCACUUUGCUGAAACGCGAUUCAUUCUACGCACUCGAGAUCGAUAUUUUCAAAGCGGUGUGCAAUUGGUUAGCACACAACUCAGAUGCUGACGUCAAACAAGCGCUUUCAACAGUUCGCUGGUCAGAACUGAGCAUGGAUGAUUAUAUGAAUAUUGUUGAGCCAAGCAAUAUUUUGGAUCCAGCUCAACUUUGGCAUGUGAUGAAAGAUAAUCGGGCAUCAAGUGGCACAGCAGGCCGUACCCAAUACCAUAGUCUAAACACGCAAAAAGAUGUCGAAGAAAAUAUUGCAACUGCCGAACACGGCGCAAAAAUUGUUUCCGGUGAGAAUCCAUCGGCAAUUUUAAGCGGUAUAUUUAGAGGCAAUUUAAAUUUUGGUUCAGAUUAUUUAGGUUCCACAUAUCAUGCAAUAACUGACAGCCAGAAGUAUCAUGAUUCCGGCUUAUCCAAACCAAUAAGUAAUUCUAUAACUGUAGACCUCGGAAAAGUUACAUUCAUAAAUUAUAUAAAAAUGUUAUUAAUGGGCGAUCGUUCGUAUUCAUAUUACGUUGACGUAUCCGCUGAUGGAAAAGAGUACAUACGAUUGUUUGAUCACAGCAACCACAACUAUAGAUCUUGGCAAUAUUUAUAUUUUCAAUCACGCCCAAUUCGAUUCAUUAAAUUGAUCGGAACACGAGCUACUCGUUUGGUUCGAUACGGGUAUGCAAGAGGAGGAGAUGGACGUGCAUCAUAUCAUGGCUAUUAUUCGUUUGAAGUUGUUGGAUUGCAAGCAAUCCAUAAAACAACUAACUUCCCAGAAUUGGUUGAUGGCGUUAUAAAACCAACGGCAAACGUUGCUAAAGUUGAACAUGGUGCUAAUGUAGAAGGAGCAUGA